AUGACUGAAAUCAACUUGGGAACUACAGCAGAUAUGCACGUCCACUUGAGAGAUGGGGCAAUGUGCAAACUUAUUACCCCAACUGUGCACUCGGGUGGUGUCUCCAUAUGUUACGUUAUGCCCAACCUUGUUCCUCCAGUCACUACAAAGGAGCAAGUAGAAUCGUAUCAUGCACAGUUGCAAUCCUUGGCCCCAGAUACUACAUUUCUUAUGUCGUUAUACUUGUGUAAAGAACUUACGCCAGAAUUACUAGAGUCAUGCAAAGACAUUAUCCAUGGAAUCAAAUGUUAUCCUGCUGGUGUGACAACAAAUUCCAAAUUUGGCGUUGAUCCAAAUGACUUUAGUUCUUUUUACCCUAUUUUCAGCAAGAUGCAAGAGUUGGGACUUGUUCUUAAUUUGCAUGGUGAGAAGCCAGGUGGUGGUGAAGAUGAAGAUGGAGACGAUAUAAAUGUUAUAAAUGCUGAGCCCAAAUUCCUUCCAGCAUUGCGUAAACUCCAUGCUGAUUUCCCCAAACUCAAAAUCAUUUUGGAGCAUUGUACCACUCAUGAAGCUAUUGACUUGGUGCGUGAACUCAAUCUUACAAAAAAUAGCUCAAACGGUGAGACUAGCAACGAAAUAACCAUUGCAGCAACCAUCACUGCACACCAUCUUUAUUUGAUCAUUGACAACUGGGCAGGUAAUCCAAUCAAUUUCUGUAAACCAGUGGCCAAGUUUCAAAAGGACCGUAGGGCAUUAGUUGACGCGGCCACAAGUGGUGAGCCAUGGUUCUUUUUCGGCUCAGAUUCAGCACCACACCCCAUCCACAAAAAGCAAGUACAUGUUGGAGUGUGUGCUGGAGUUUAUACGCAGUCAAAUGCUGUUGGCUAUGUUGCUGAGAUUUUUGAUAAGCAAGGCAAGUUGGAAAACUUGAAGAAAUUUAUUGGCGAGAAUGGAAUCAAGUUUUAUGGAUUGAAAAAGGAGAUUUUGGAUAAACAUGCUCAUGAAUCGUGCUGGCUAGUUGAGAGGAAAAACCAAGUUCCUGAAGUCAUUGGAAAUGGUGAUGUUGAUGUUGUGCCAUUCAAAGCCGGUGAAGAAUUGAAAUACGCUGUCGAAUGGAGAAAGAAUUGA